AUGGCACUUUUUUCCACCAUGAUACUGGCUCUUCCAGCAAUUUUGCUUGAAGGAGGUGGCGUAAUUGUCUGGUUCUACACACAAGACGUCUUUUCUUCGCUGAUUAUCAUCCUAGGCUCAGGGGUGCUUGCAUUUUGCCUGAACUUCACCAUCUUCUAUGUGAUCCAUUCGACCACCGUAGUGACUUUCAAUGUUGCUGGCAACCUUAAACUUGCCGUUGCCGUGUUGGUUUCGUGGCUGAUCUUCCGGAACCCGAUCUCCCCAAUGAAUGCAAUCGGAUGCGCAAUCACGCUCGUCGGUUGUACUUUCUACGGGUAUGUGAGGCAUCUCAUCUCCCAACAGAAGGAUGCUGCCCCUCUUGGGAACCAAGGAACGAACUCGCCGAGAAUUCGGGUGGAGAUGCUCCCCCUUGUAGCCGACAAGGAAGAUAAGGUCUAGCAAGGCAGUACUCCAUACCCAGGACCCGUUCAUUUCAGUGGUUGAUGGUACAUUACGGUUUGGCACACAGAUGCUGAGUGAGUUGAGGGACGCUAGUAAAUUGGUAUGGGGGCAACACUUUUGUGAAGCUUCAUGUGUUGUACUCAGGCGAACUGUGAGGGUUUGUUCAACCACCGGACGAUUCAUGCGAUUAGGAUGGUGCUUCUGUUUUCUUGUUUUGCUGCCAUAUGUUUAGACCCUGAACUGCUGGUACGAAAAUUAAUGGCAUUAUGAUACGAGUCAUCUCCGCAU